CUAAACGUAUCUUGACUGUAGAUGGCAGCAUAUCUUAGUUCGUCAACAUGGCGAAUUUCGAGGUACCGUCAUGGGCUGGUAAGGCUCCCGCUGGUCUCCAUCUUGAUGUAAUGAAAGAAGGAAAGAUGAUUGAGAAAAUGAUGGUGGAUGAGAAGAACUGUUAUUUCUUUGGUCGGAACUCCAUAGUGUGCAACUUUGUCCUUGAUCAUUCAUCAUGUUCUCGUGUUCAUGCUGCUCUUCUGUGGCACAAACAUCUCAACAGGUCAUUUAUUGUUGAUCUAGGAAGUACCCAUGGGACGUUCCUUGGUUCAAUCUGUCUUGAAGUCAAGAAGCCUCAGCAGGUUCCUGUAGACAGUGUCAUCAAGUUUGGCGCUUCAUCAAGAUCCUACAUUCUACGAGAGAAACCUCAGACGGUAUCAGUAGGAGUGAAACCAACCGAUGCCGACGUCCUCGAUAAGAACGAGGACGAGAUGUCUACCGGUUUAUUAGGCUUGCCAGAGGAAGAGAAUGAACUUGAUAACCUAACUGAAUUCAAUACAGCACAUAACAAGAGAAUAGGAGCCAUAGGCUUUGAUGAGGCACAAGAAUCACAAAGAGCCAAGAGGAAAAGAAGGCAUUCGCACGUCUCGUUUGGUGAAGAAGACGAGGUCAUAAAUCCAGAGGAUGUAGACCCUUCCAUUGGGCGAUUCAGGAAUCUUGUAUCUGUGUCAGUCAUCCCCAUGAAGAAAAAGAAGGUAGAAGACACCUCAGGUCUGGUGGGUGAUCCAUCGGUGAAAACAAUGCAAGGAUUUAAUUACGGUCGUAAUCUAUACGAUGAUUUACCUUCAUCUGCCACCGACCUGGACACACCAAUAUCCCCAUCGUCCAGAACUCCGUUUGGAUCAAGUAGCACCUUAGGACUGUUUAAACCCCUCAAUCUGGCUCCAGAUGUAGAACAAGCACCACCCAUGCCGACCAUAAACAUUGCACCUACACCCGUACCGGUGGUUAAUAUUGGACCUGUAGGACCAAAGAAGAAGAAGUAUGCCAAGGAGGCAUGGCCAGGAAAGAAACAAGCGCCCUCGUUGUUGUUAUAGUGAGAAUUUAGCCUCAGCAAUGGACUGAUUUGUAUAUUAUGGAAUUCAUCAUGUCAUGACGGACAGUCGUCUGUGUAUUUUAUGAAAUUUAAAUUUUCUUGUUGAAGCUGCAUCAGAGAAGGUUGUGGUCAGGCAAAGUAUCAUCAGGAGAGAACGGCAAGUAUCGAGUUUAAUAGCCACAUCAGCAGACCGAUAUGUAUGUAAAUGGAAAUUAGAAUCUUUUCAGGGGAGAAUGGUCUGUCUGUCGCUUGUAUCGUGUAGAAUUGCUACUACUAAAUUCUUUAGAAAUGAAAUUGUGCAUUUUUUUUAUCAUGUGAAAUAUUUGUAUAUUGUACAAAGCAUUAUCAGUCAAUCAAUUUAAUUUCAAAUUAGCUGCAUUCAAUCUCAAGUUCUAACAGUCGACAUACAUGUAAACCAACCCUUCCUUUUUUUAUGAUUUUAUUGGAAAUAUCUAGGUGUUUGUUUUUAUUUUAUUGGGGAAUGUUGAAGUCUAUCAAACUGGGGAGCAUUUCAUUAAAGGCCUUUGAUUUGUAUCUGAAAACUUUGUUUUACUUAAAGGGGAAUGAAACCUUUGGAACAAAUAGGCUUGUGUAGAAACAGAAAAAUCA